GGGAUGAAGAAUGCUAAAAGGAAUGAGAAUGGGGGAAAGAAAGAGAGAGGCUGAUUAGCGAGAAGGAGGGUGGAAGAAGAGCCCGAAAGGCAGUGAUGAGCGGGGGGGAUUUGGCUGCAUGUACCCGCCAGCUCAGAUUCCCAGACUUUGGAUUCCCUUUGUACCUGCAAUUUCUUUGGCUCCUUUCAGUUGGGAGAUGGAGAUGUUCCUGUCAAUGUCUAUCCAGUCUCCAAUCUCCACCUCCUGACGGGGCAAAAGGUUUGUUUUUGUCAAAUCCACCCCUGGUCGGGGUCCGUUCUUGGUCCGAUCGAUUCAACCCUGCUCCUCAACCUGGACACUUAUUCCUUUCACAAGGGAGUAUAGCUUAGUUCGCCCGAUGGUAUUUAUAGCAGCCUAUCAAGGGAGUGAUGGAAGUGGGAAAGACCAUGAUGGCUGCAACGCCCCCCGUCCCAGUUAGGGGCCGCAAGAACACGCAGGCGGGUGUUUCAGCCUG